AUGCAACAGUUUGGGGUUUGUAGAAUUUUGCUGUUAGUAAUUUCAUUUUUAACAAGUCUGCAGAGUACAAAGGUAUUUUCAGAAUGGAAGAAGUGUGGUGAUCGGGAAUGUGAGACGGCAAUGAGCAGAGUUCAAGCCACUACAGACUACUUGGGGCCCGAUUGCCGGUAUCUUAACUUCAAAACAGGGGAAGAGAUAAUUGUAUACUCCAAACUGUCAAGGAAAAAUGAAAAUUUGUGGACAGGAAGUAAAGGAAAGGAUUUUGGCUAUUUCCCAAAAGAUGCUGUAAAGGUUGAGGAAGUUUUUAUUGCAGAAGAAGUUGAAGUGCUCACUAAGGAAACUGAUUUCCUUUGUCUUCAUGGAGAUAAGUACGCUUUUGAAAAUGGAGAUGGCGCAUUACAUGAUCACAACCAAGAAAGUGAAUAUUCAUCAUCUGAUGCAGAAUCAAAGCUGCACAAAAAUGAACUCUUAAAUUAUACAGGAGACUCCAUGCAAAAGCAAGAAAGAGUUGAAUCAGUUCCUGAAAAUUAUUCCAAGGAAUCUCACACUCAGGAGGAGUCUGCAAGCAAAAAGUUGGUUAGAAAAAAUGAGAACAGAAAAGAUGAUACUGAAGAGCCACAAAUGCAAAACAGUCUCCCACUAGAACCCAUUCCAACCCAGUCUAGCUGGAUUGCAGGAUGGUUCACCACAGGAAGUAAAAACAAUGAGGAGCCCUUGGAAGCCAUCACUGACUCUUUAGAAGAAAAUACAUACCGAGGCAGAAAGAUAGCAGUAACUGCUGAAAAUGACGUACAGGAGCCAAAUGACAAGGAGGAACAAGAACCCCCAGCAUCUGUUUGGUUUCAAAGUGGACUGACGGACUUUCUGUAUUUUCGUGAAGAGAAUGUGGACAUUGGUUUGGCAUCAGAAAGAAAUGAUCCACAAAUCCAUGAUGUUUCUGGUGUGCCUGGACAUUCCAGCAAUGAACAGGAAACAGCAGUCACAGAGUUACUGACAGAAGAAGAAGAGAAGAGUGAAACCCAAGAAUCCAAAUCUAAUUGGUUUAAUUUGGGUUUAAGCAAUGUUCUUAAUUUUGGCCGUGUUAAGAAAGAUACCAUUGCUAUGGAAGACCAGCAAAGCAGAGAAACAGAGGAUGAAGCAAGUAAGAAUGAAGAAGUGCAGAUGUUAGACCACAAAGAAUCACACAUGGACAAAGACUCAAAGGAGACAAUUACAACAGUGACAGAUGAAGAAGAUGAAGAGAAUUAUGCACAGGAAAUAAUAGAUUCAAACAGUAACGUGCCAAAUCCCAGGGAGAUACCGGCAAGUGUGCGUACUCUUAACAACACCAAAAGCACGUCAAGUAGCACAGAAUCAUCUUUUGAUAUACCAGCAGGUGACAGAGAGAAGCCAACUGAACCUUACAGUUCAGAACAAGACUUGGACUCAGAAAGUGAACUGCUGAAAAACACUGAAGCUACAGAGAGAAAUCGGGAGUCAGAAAGCAAACACGGCCAGCCAGACAUGCUAAUGUUCCGGAGUUCAACAGUCAAAGAAGAGCAAGUGCAGAGCUUGCAAGAUGAUGUGUUUUUUCGUGAAGAAACUGCUCAAAAUGAAAAUGAUGAUGAAAUACUACAAGGAAAUAAUGACAGAGCAAUGAAAGUACAAGCAAAUCAGAGAGUUAGAGAGGAGCUGUUUGAAAAAGAUGAGGGUGCAAUCCAAGAAAGCAAUCUGUUCUCCUCAUUACCUGUGCAAAAUAAUGAAUGCAGUAAUGAAAAAGCAAAACAUUUUGUCAAAUUAGUUAGCAGUGCUGAAGAACAUGUUUCUAAGAGUAGUGAAAAUCAGCAAAACACCAAUAUAAAAGGUUAUUGUAAUGACCCUGUUUCCAAAGAUUCUCUACAUUUAUCUUCAAAAUUAGAUUUUGAAAAUACAGUGGAAACUGGAACUCAUCUGCAGGGAAAAUCAAAAAUGGAAACAAUUGAAACAGUGCAAAAAGAACAAAAUAACCUGAAUGCUUGUAUUCGAGACUGGGUAAAUUCAGAAAACGAAUCACCAAGUUAUGGGGAACUACCAGGAACUGCAGAUAAUCAUCUGGGCAUCAAGAAGACCCCAUGUGACAGUGAGAUGAGUCUUACUCUGGAAAUAUCUGCAAAAUGCAAACCAGUCGAAUGCUGUGAUACAGAAGAAAAUUCAGCAAUGAAAAUCCAGUUCAAAAUGGAUGGUGACGUAAAACAGAAAAUUCACAAACCAGAGAAUAAAAACAACCCAGCAGGUUUUUAUGAAGACAAUAUCAAAGAUUUCAGCCAGGAUAUUUUUAAUGAUGAACAGGAUCAGAAAUUGGAGGAGUCCCAAGAACUGACUCCAGACCAACGUUUCUCUCCUCACCCCUCAUCUAGUGGCUUCAGUUUAACAGGUACCAAAACAUCAGAAGAAACUGGCCACCUGGAAGACAUAUGGAGUUUCAGAAUGGAAGGAGUAGGCAGUAGAAGAAAGCUGCUAGAAGAAACAUCAGAGAAGGAACAUGAAAUGUAUGCAGCUGUAGACAGUGAAUGUGACAGUGACCAACAAUCAAAAGCAACAGUGAUUCCUUCCGUAAAAUCUGAAGAAAAAAUGGACAGUUCAGUAAUUGACUUUCCAUUUGAUGUCAAAAAGCCUUUCUCAGAUGCCAUCCAGAACUACAUUCCAAGUAAUGGCUGUGGCUUCGCUCCCUGA